GCACUCAUGAAAUGCAGAAAUACUGUAGAUGAUCGCUUCCACGUCCCACAUAUAGUGGCGAUCCUCAACGGAAGCCCAUCAUCUCAGCCACCACGACGCGAUGGCGCACUCGUACUGAUAGCCGCAACACAAGUUGAUUUGAAGAAUAGUACUGACGAUCAAUGCGACCACACGCAAAUAUUCGGCUUCACGGGCAACUCGCGCCUUCUGCUACAGUAGCCCGGAUGCCGUGGCGGUUCAGUGACUUCCAAGGUUCCUUCACGACGGAAGAACUGCGGAGAGUUUGUUUCCCGUUCUCUGGAUUCUGUGUCGUCCGCCUGGUUGCUGCUUUCUGGGGCCUAAAUUCUCUGGAAAAUGCGGAGUCGGCGAGACACCUUUGCUCUUGUAGUACGCCUAGUUCCAAGGUUGCCACCACCGCCUCCGCCAUCACCGUCAUGUUUCUGAUUAUCAUCACCAAGGGCGCUUACCGCCCAUGCUAGAAGGGCUUCUUCGGGCAUGGAGA